AUGUGUGGGAUUAUUGCGAUCCUGCAGCAGCAGGGCCACGCAGCCAGCGAGAUCCACGAGGGACUCGGACUUUUGCAGCACCGCGGACAGGAUGCGGCGGGUAUUGUGACGUGCGGCAAAGGCGGCCGCUUCUACCAGUGCAAGGCGAACGGGAUGGUGCGCGACGUUUUCGAGCCGCACAACCUCGCGAACCUGCACGGCUCGAUGGGUGUCGGUCAUGUUCGUUACCCCACCGCCGGCUCGUUUGCGCACUCCGAGGCGCAGCCCUUCUAUGUGAACAGCCCGUAUGGCAUUGUGUUUGCGCACAAUGGCAACACGGUGAACCAAGACGACCUCCGCCGCACGCUCGACACCGAGGCGCACCGCCACAUUAACACGGACUCGGACUCGGAGCUGCUGCUGAACGUCUUUGCGUACCACCUGCAAAGCACCGGCAAGUUCCGCAUCAACGAGGAGGAUAUCUUUACCGCCGUGCAGGGUCUGAUGAAGGAGGCCGUCGGUGGCUACGCCUGUGUGGCAAUGAUCGCCGGCUUUGGCAUUAUCGCAUUCCGGGACCCCCACGGCAUCCGCCCGCUCGGCAUGAGCACGCGCAAGUCGGAGACGCCCGCGCCGAACGGCCACGGCCUCGACUACUGCUUCGCGAGCGAGAGCGUGGUCGGCGACGCGCUCAACUUUGAGCACUUUGAGGACGUGCGUCCGGGCGAGGCGAUUAUCGUCACCAAGACGGCCAUGACGCGCCGCAUUCUGCACUCGGCCCCCGCGCCCAACACCUUUACGCCGGACAUUUUCGAGUACGUGUACUUUGCGCGCCCCGACAGCGUGAUCGACGGGGUGAGCGUGUACCGCAGCCGCAUGGCGAUGGGCGACAGCCUUGCGGAGCAGGUUAAGCGUGAGCUGAUCGACCAAGGCGAGGAAGUCGACGUGGUGAUUCCGGUGCCGGACACGUCGCGCGUCGCCGCGCUGCAGCUCGCGCAGCGUCUCACCAUCCCCUACCGCGAGGGCUUUGUGAAGAACCGCUACGUGGGCCGCACCUUUAUCAUGCCCGGCCAGAGCGUGCGCCGGAAAAAUGUGCGCCGGAAGCUGAACGCAAUGGCGCUCGAGUUUGCGGGCAAGAGCGUGCUGCUCGUCGACGACUCGAUUGUGCGCGGCACGACCUCGCUCGAGAUUAUCCAAAUGGCGCGCGACGCGGGCGCGAAAAAGGUCUUUAUGGCGAGUUGCGCGCCGCCGAUCCGCUUCUCGAACGUGUACGGUAUCGACAUGCCGAGCCGCAACGAGCUUGUGGCGCAUAACCGCUCGAUCCAGGAGGUGGCGGACACCAUCCAGGCCGACGCGGUGGUCUACCAGCCGCUCGACGAGCUGAUCAAGAGCGUCCAGAGCCUGAACCCCAAGCUCACCAAGUUUGACUGCUCCAUCUUUGACGGCGAGUACGUCACGGGCGGCGUCGACGAGGCCUACCUCAGCCGCCUCGAGAGCGCGCGCGCAGACAACAACAAGGCCAAGAAGGCCGCGCAAAACGUGGGCAGUGCCGCCGUCGCCGCCGAGACCGAGGCGCAGGUGUCGUGCAGCGGCCCGAUGAACGGCGCGGAGGAUAUCGGCCUGUACAAUGGCUGGACACGCUAG